AUGGACGUCACUGGCCAUACUUUCCAGAGCCAGCUCUUCUCUAUCCUGGGAGCUAUCUCACGUUCCCAUUUCGUUUCCUUUGAUCUCGAAUUGUCAGGCAUACCCAGCAAACAAUUCAAGUCUAAGCCUACAGGGCAGAGUGAAGAUGGAAAGCAAACGCUUCAGCAAAGAUACAAAGAGAUUAAGGCCGCCGCUGAGCGGUACCAUGUCCUGCAAUUGGGCUUGACGUGCGUGGAAGAGGAUAGAGAUCGAGGGGUCUAUGUUGCGCGUCCAUACAACUUCUAUUUAAAUCCCGUGCCGGACAAGAAGUUAAAUGUUGAGCGGGAUUUUUCAUAUCAGAGUGGUGCUGUGGAGUUCCUUCUUGGGCAUGGAUUUCGCAUGGAGGCUCCGUUUCUGGAAGGCGUACCGUAUUUCUCGAGAGAAGAAGAGGCAGCGUCGAGAGCCGCUGAGGUUGCGAAGCGGGACAGGAAUAGUUUUGCGGACAUUUUCAUCCGGGAUGAAGACACCGAGUCGCUGGAAUUCAUUCAGAGGGUGAGGCAAGAGGUCACGGACUGGCGGAAUCGCAGUACACCUGAGCCUUCUUACCUGAACAUCGCCCCAAUCAAUUCGGCCGCGGUAGCCUACAACGGCAGGGGCCUCAAUGGAUACCAAAAACGCCUAGUCCACCAGCUCGUCCGCGCCGAAUUCCCAGAUGUCGUUUCCCUCUCGAAGCAAGACUUCGUACAGUUGGUUCCUUUCGACCAAAAGCGUGAAGAUGCUCAGCUACAGCGAAAGAUUGCGUGGUUCGAAAAUAACCUAGUACGCCAGGUAGGGAUGAGGUGGCUUGCGGAGGCUAUGUGCCCAGAUGUCGACCAGGUCCUCCCCAAAGAAUGUGUGCCGCCGUUUGCCUCUAGCAAUCUCGCAGUGUUAGCAACCUCGACGUAUCCGCCCAUGGAUAUGACGGAUGAGGAACGAGGAGCUCAUAUCCUUCGAUUUGCCGAGCUUUGUAAGACACUCAAGGACAAGCGGACCGUUCUCGUUGGACACAACCUGUUCUUGGACUUGAUAUACUUUUACACUUUCUUUUUCGGUCCACUACCUGAUCGAGUGGAGGGUUUCCAAAAGACUAUCGCACAACUAUUCCCACUCGUGUUCGACACCAAAUACCUUGCGGACAAGAUCAACGACAAUUCUCCUCUCUACAAGUCGUCUCUUCAGGAAAUAGACCAGGAGCUUUCCAAGCUUCCCGUUCCGAUCAUAGAAACGCCACUCGGGCACAGCAAAUAUCUCUCGGACUCCCCGUUCCACGAAGCAGGCUUUGAUAGCUUCACAACAGCUAAAGUGCUCAUCCGCCUUUCUGCCAGAAUCGAAGGAGAGGCGAAAGGAGACGAGUCACCAUCAUCAGAGGAGGAGAUAUACUACUCAGCAUCAGAAGAUGGCAACCUCCCUUCCGAUCUAAAUGACUUGCUAACCCGGAAAUCGAUCUCGGACGAAGAUGCCUUGAAGCGGCGAAAGCAGAUUGCUCGGGUGUUUCAGAAACGCGCCGCGAUAAAGACUCCAGCAGAAACGCAGGCCGCGAUAGAAACUCCAUCAGAAACGCAAGACGCAUUGGAUAGGCAAGCUGCGCUCUUCAGAGACUUAGGCCUUGACGAUCAGGAGUCCCGGUCAGGAACCCAAACGAACAAUCGUCCACUGAUGUCGAAUAAUCCAUACGCACUCCUUGAGGAUUUAAGUCUCAACAGCGAUGUAGAGCCCAAUUCUGCGCACGUGGUUGCAGCUUCCAUCCCUGUGGUGCACACCAUGAUGCCUGCUGGAGGCAGUUCUUUCUGGAUUCGGUAUGGCAAUAAACUACGCGUCAAUGGUACGGUGGAGGAGGUCUGCGUCAUCAAGUGA